AUGUCUCCAUCCUCUAUACAGCCAGACGCAACAGCAGCCGCCCAUCAAUGGCUUCAAUCCUUCCAUCGCCUUGGCGAUUCCCUUUCACCCGAAGAAUGGGUAAACACUUUCUAUGACCCGAACUGCACAAUGCAAUUUCUUGGUCAGGAGCCAGUCCAAGGCCACGCGGCUAUCAUUUCGCAUUUCCGGCGCCAAUUCGCCCGUCUCGACAAUAUGAAGCAUACAAUACGCCACAUCGACGUCACGCAUGAUCGGAUCUACCAGGAAGCUACAGUCACCUACAUUGUGAAGGGUGAUUCCGAGCAGCGACAGAUUGAGGCGCAUGGGCUUGCGGUGUUCGGCAAGGGGGUCGAAGAAACCAAGAUCAGAUUUUUCACCGUCUACCUAGACUUGGAGCCUUUGCGGAACAGGAUGAAGGAGCUAUUGGGAUGA